AUGUCUUCUACAGCCACAUUGAGUAGUUCUUCUUCAGUUGUAAUUGAGCCUAAUGCUAGUGAGUUCGACGCGGAAGAAGAGGUUGAGGAAGUUGAAAAACAACUCGCAAACAUUAAUAGGGAUGCUGUUCUUUUUGUUAUCGAUUGUUCACCAUCAAUGUUGAGUGACGAAGAUUCACCAUUUAAAUCCGCUAUUCGAUGUGCAUCUACUGUAAUGAUGAAUAAAAUUAUUACUAGCAAUGACACGGAUCUUAUGGGUGUAAUGCUAUUUGGAACGGAAAAAUCACAAAAUGCACUUGAGAAAAAGCACAUUUAUGUGCUUCAGCCCAUUGAUUUACCAGAUAUUCACAGAAUUAUAGAAUUAAAUGAUAUAGCAUCAGGGCAAAUUGAUUUUAGUCAAGAGUACGGAAAUGCAAAUGAAGAAGUCCCAUUAGGAGAUGUCUUUUGGGCUUGCAAUGAUUUAUUCAAUUCAUUAUCUUCUUCAACAAUUAAGAUUAAGAGAAUAUUUCUCAUCACUGAUGAAGAUAACCCACAUGCAACAAACCCAGUUCUUCGUAGUACAUCAAUAACUCGUGCCAAGGAUCUUAUUGAAUCAAAAAUUGAAAUAAAUCUUUUCAGCGUUAAUAAAUCAGAUGAUAAAGAAUUCAACUUUGAUACUUUUUAUUCGAAAAUUAUUUCCAGAGAUGAUUUUGGAGACAAUCUUCACUUUAAUACAACUAAAGACUUUAAUGUUCUUUUGACCCAAAUUAUGAAUAAAGAAUCCCCAAGGAGAUCUUUAUUUUCUCUGCCAUUUCGCUUAUUUGAAGGUGAAGGUCUAACAAUCGGAAUCAAAGGCUUUUCGGCGAUAGUUGAAAGGUUGAAACCUCAACAUAAAUUAGUUCAUAUGAGAGCUGAGACGACACGUCUUGUUGAAACAAAGACAAAAUGGAUUUGCGCGGACACUGCCCAAGAAUUGAUGCCUGAAGAUAUGAAACUAUUUUUUUCAUAUGGUGGCGAAAAGGUUGUCUUUACAAGAGAGGAAAUAGCAAAAAUUCGAGAUUUCGGUGAAAAAGGUUUAACACUUAUUGGAUUUAAACCUGCAAGUGCACUUAAAUAUCAUUACAAUAUUUCACACCCAUAUUUCAUAUAUCCUGAUGAAGAACAAUAUGAAGGUAGUAGAAGAACAUUUGCAGCUUUACAUAAAAAGAUGAUCGAAAAAGAUAAAAUCGCCAUAUGUGCUGCAAAAAUUCGUAAUGGAACUCCUUUUACAUUUGUUGCUCUAAAGGCUCAACCUGAACUUCUCGAUGAAAAUGGUCUGCAAAUCCAACCUCCGGGUAUGAAUAUGAUUAGUCUUCCAUUUGCAGAUGAUAUGCGACCUCUUCCACCUCAAGCUGAAAUAAGAUCCGUUGUUCCUGAUACAAUGGUUGAUUUUGUUAAACCGAUAAUUUCAAGCCUUCAAAUGAAGG